UUACUCUGAAAUUUGAGGAGCACCAGAAACUGGUAAGGGUGCUGCGUCCACUCAUUCAUUACUCACUAUACUCAUACGGGGUUUCUAAAUCAUAUGCCAAAUUAGUAGACACCCUAUGAAUUGUUGUUCUGCCAUGGCGUCCCUUCUCAAAUCACCUUCCUUUCUCUCUCCUUUGAACCAAAAGUUGAAUUAUGUAAGCUUUUCUCCCAUGACCACAAACCUGCAAUCCAAAUUUUGUCGUGCUAGUGUAAGAAAUGGGAGAUGGCAUGUUCCUAGUUUGACAAUAAAAUCUCAGGCAGCUGUUGAAGGGGAUGUACUUGAGAAAGAAUCAGUCUCUAUCAAUGAAGAAAGUGAUUACGGGGUCGUUUGUAUGCACCAUGUUGGAAUUUUAUGUGAAAACCUAGAAAGAUCACUUGAAUUUUAUCAAAACGUUCUAGGCCUCAAGAUUAAUGAAGCAAGGCCACAUGAUAAGCUUCCAUACAGGGGUGCUUGGUUGUGGGUAGGCUCUGAGAUGAUUCAUUUGAUGGAGCUUCCAAACCCUGACCCUUUAACUGGACGAGCUCAACAUGGUGGUCGAGAUCGUCACACGUGUAUUGCGAUUCGUGAUGUUUCCAAGCUGAAAGCAAUCUUUGAUAAAGCGGGGAUCCCUUACACACUUAGUCAUUCUGGAAGACCAGCAAUCUUUGCACGUGAUCCCGAUGCAAAUGCUCUAGAGUUUACACAAGUAGAUGGUUGAUGUUUAUGGAUAUUACUUGCUAGGCUACACCCCUUUGUCGCUAUAAGUCACCAGAAUGUAGAAAUAAAGUUACAAAUGAUUACAUGUAUGUAAAGGCUGAAGGGAUUGUAACUAGUAAGAGCCAUAGUAAAGUUGUUUGCUACUCUGCUAUGCAGUGGCACUAGCAGCAAUAGAAUACUGGCGUUCAUCUUAUAUAUAGCACACCUGUAAGGAUAAACGGUACGUGAAUACUGAGAAAUAAGAUUGAAAGAAAUUAGAAUAUGGCAAGUGAUCUUUUCAUCAAAGUGCUAGAGGCUCCACGAAAGGGAAACAUACAAGUACGGCGUAAAAUUGGAGA